UACACCUCUCGGUACCGGCAGCUCACUCGGUCAGUACCGCCGCGAGAGCCACGCUGAGCUGUUAUCGCGAGAGCGCCGACGCUUUGCUCGUUCUGCACCUCUCCUGCGUCCUGAGCUACUCUGUAAAAUCUACUGUACUUUAAAAUAGCACAGUAUUGCAUCGUCGUGUUCCAUAGAUGCUCGUCAGCGCCGUUGCUGCGGCCUGUCGCGAGAUCCUUUCAUUUCAUGAUUUCAGCAUUGCUCUGAGUUUUCCUCUGAGGGCUCAAUAAUCGUUCGCGAGUGAGGAUAUCGAUCGCGAGCGUUUUGCAUCAGAUAAACAAUAGUUCGUGCACCAGCGCGAUUAGUUUAAGGAUAGCGAAAACUCAGUGCUCAGAUGUGCUAAAGCACCAGUGGACUCUUGUGCACGCUGACCCGACCGUCCGUGGGAAGCCGCAAACUCUGCGUUUGACGCUUGAACGUAAAAACCGAAGUCCGCGACACGAGCGGGGAUACACGUUGCUCUAAAUAAUAUAAGUAGAAAGAGAGAGAUAGAGAAAAAACGAGAGUGCAAAGUGUGAAUCGAGUGACUCGAGCAUCAGCAGCGUAAGAGUGUACGCAGCAGCGCGAAGAGCCUAGAAGGGCCGAUGAUCGAGGCUGCAGCGGCGACUUGAAAGAGCCAGAGAGCAGCGGACAUCGGCUGCAGUAGCAUCGUCACGAGAGUGAUGCUGUGAGUUCGGGAGGUGUGACUCCGAGCCCACAAACUCUCGAAAUCCUUCUUCAAAAUCGGCUUUUGAAGAGCAAAAUACGACGCACUUCAGGCUCCAGUGACAGCCGGUCACUCGGAAAAAUCUAGACAAACACAUCGUCAAGAUGCAGGGACUAGCCGCGUGCGUCAGCCUGGCUCUGCUGCUCAGCAUCCAGAGCUGCCACGGCAUCGAGUGGAAGCACAGCGCCAUCCUGGACAACAACUUCCUGGUGCUCUGGACGCCCGGGGAAAACGACGUGACGUUCGAGUUGCAGGUGAUGACACCGGGUUACGUCGGCUUCGGCUUCAUGCGCGACGACGGCCGCGAGGGCGUCGACAUGGUCAUCGGCUGGGUAGACAACAACGGCCAAGUCCAUCUUCAGGACCGGCAUGUGAAAGGUGUCAACCGCGAGCCGCAGAUGGACUCGAGUCAGGAUUACCAUUUGCAGUCUGGUUACGAGAAUAAGACGCACACCGUGCUACGGUUCAAUCGACGCUACGACACCUGCGAUCCCCGGGACCUCAAAAUUACGAACGACACGCUGCAGGUGAUCUGGCAGUAUCACGUGGACGAGCCAGCCUCGGCGGCGGCUCUGCUUCCGGCAGAGGGGGCGGUUCGCGGCACGCGACCGCUUUACCUUGUGCAGCGCGACUUCCAGCAGCGACGCAGCUUCAGCGGACUCGGCCGGAAACAAGAGCCCGAGCCCGUUCUUCACGAGUGGGAACUGUCCAAUGCACAGGUUCGAUUACCCAACGAUCAGGAUACCCUUCUCCAGUGCAGAGUCUUCAGCCUGCCGAAGAUCACACGCAAGCAUCACGUCGUCAGGUACGAGCCCGUUAUCCAACCCGGAAGCCUGGCGUACCUUCACCACAUGACCCUUUACGAGUGUCGCGGCGACGAGGCCAAGCUCAACGAAGCCAAGAGGACCAACGGAUCCAGCUGCUCCUCCACGGACUGGCUCCACGCACAGUGCAACACCAUCGCCGCGACCUGGAACCUUGGAUCGGAGGGCUUCAAUUAUCCGCCGGAGGCCGGCUAUGCUCUGGACCCGUACAACGGGCCCCGCUUCUACAUGCUGGAGACCCACUACUCCAAUCCCCAGCUGGACAACUUCGUCACGGACAACUCGGGCCUUAAGCUGCUCUACACGGACAAGCUGAGAACUCACGACGCCGGUGUCCUGAGCGUCGGUAUCGACCCCAACUGGCGUCACAUCAUUCCACCGGGACAGCCCGAGGUCAUCUCCGAGGGACAUUGCAUCGCCAGGUGCACAGGCGACACUGUACCCGACAGCGGCGUCAACGUUUUCGCCGUCAUUAUGCACACCCAUCAGCUCGGCAAGAAAGUUAGGCUGAGGCAAAUCAGGGACGGCAAGGAGAUGCCGCCGAUCGCCGCUGACGCCAGCUACGACCCCAGCUAUCAGGAAUACAGGAGACUACAGAGACCCGCCAAGGUUUUGCCGGGAGACCACUUGAUCGCGGAAUGCACCUACUCGUCCCGGACAAGGCAAACGAUCACGCUCGGUGGAUUAACGACCAAGGAAGAAACUUGUCUAGUCUCGGCUUUGUACUACCCGAGGAUCGAUUUGUCGCUCUGCUACUCCCUGCCAGCUCUGCCCACUGUCCUACACAGCCUGGGCAUCGAUAAACUUGAAGGUCCGAGCCCACUGAAGAUCAUGUCCCCACCGGAGCUGCGAGGCAUGACACUGGAGGAACGAUUGGUCACCUACGACUGGCAGACAAACUUCCAGACGUUCGCCGACGCGACUCGGCAGGGAACGUUCAAACCCCUCUGCUCGAACACCAAGGGAACGAUCCUACCCGAGACCUCGAUAGAGUCGCAUUACCCACGAAUACUCUGGCCGUAUCAGGACCCCAAGGUGCCCUGUACGCGCAAACCUCAACGUAACAAGCUGUCCAUGCUGCUAUCCGAGGACGGCGAUAUAGGUGGCGCCGAGAGCGACGAGUCAAAUGCCGUUGAACGUGGACAACUAGUACGCAACAAAGUGUCGCGCAGCAGCGACGCAUCCUCAUUGGCCGCCGGAUCGGCCACCAGGUGCGCCUCUGUGGCAUUGGUCCUGGCGCUGCUCGCGGCGGCGCUCAGGUGAACCAGCGGGCAACGCAAGCCCGUCCUGAUGCAACUGCAGUGGCGACGACUCUGGGUGAGCGAGUAAAUACUGAACUACCGCCCGCGCGGAUCAACCACACAUGAUGAAUUUAUUAUCAUAACUAUUAUCGUGAUUAUUAUUAUUAUUUUUUUGUAUAAUUUUUUAUCAUUAUUAUUAUUAACUCUUGCGUUGUACAUUUUGUUAACUACUGGUUAGGAUUGUUUGAUGUAUAUUAUAAAUAAUAACAAUCUCGAGGCGCGAGACUAAUCAAUUUUUCGACGUCACAAGCCGGACACGAAGAGGAUUUCAGGAAACGAUUUUCAAAGAGGUACGCGAGCAAUCGGACUCUUCUCAUUACAAUCAGUGAUCUAUUUGCUCGCGUAACGAUUUUCUUCGCAACGAGAGUGAAAGCUCCGAUCAACGCCGGUUGUAAAAGUCGAGCUGUGCUUUUACUCUUUCGAUACUUGUGACAUCGUUCUGUACAGAUAUUUCGAUAAUUUUCAAACGAAGUUAUAACAAGCAUAUAUAUUAUUAAUAAUAUCAUUAUCGAUAUCGAUGAGAAUAUUAAUCUUACUUAUUCGCGAGCGAAAAAAAAUAAGCGUUUAUUUAUUCCUAUUUAAGAUUCUCUCACGUAAAAGAGAGUAAGUCACGUAUGAUGUUUGUUUAAAGAGAAAAAACACGUUCUAUCGUCAGCUUUUACUCAAGUUUGAUAUUUGCAUUGUGAUAGGUUUCUUCACGCGUUCUAUAGACAGGAUAUCAACAAACGAUAUGCCGGCUACACAACAACUCGCGAUAUAUAGCUAGCGGUUUCGGCACACUGACAAGCAGACGAUGGACAAACGAUUUUUUAAUGCGCGAGAAUUUCUACGACUAUAGGUGAUAGACAGUCGAUUGCUUGUCCGUUGUUUUUGCUUUGACGCUUGCGAAUGAUGUACGUUGCACAUGUCCUUUGUACCAGACCAGUUUCGAUAACACAAAUUGAUGUUUCUAUGCGUUCGUUGUUGAGUAUGUGUUUUCUAUGUACGCACAGUAAAAGACUAACCGAAUCCGAAAUCACUAUGUUCGAAAAGCUUUUGUUCAAUAUACGAUAUAUGUCACGAUAACUUGCUUAUUAUAUACUAUAUAAUUUUCUCGAUAACAUGCCAAAAAACAAUUUCCGCACUGUAUAAUACAUAAACUGAUUUUUACUGUGUGUAGAGCCAGAGUAGUAGUACACCUUAUUUUUCUCUCGAUGAUGCAAAUUUGCAAAAAAGUGUUCGGUAGACGGGAAAACAAGAGAAAGAGAGUGAAGCUGCAGCUCUGUCGGUGUUAGAUUUUCACUUCCGGCAUGCGCAAGAUCGAAGUGCGUCACUUUAUUCUGGCGCACCGAUAUCCAGCUGAAAGGAUCGAUAUUUACCAAUGUCGUAGUUAAUAUUUUACAAUUUAAUACUGAUUAUUCGUCGGUGUCAUAGAGGACGUCUGUAUGUGUAGCGUGAUAGACUCGAUUAAUCGAAGCGACUGAUUAUACUUACGUUUCUCCGCUCCCCGGUGAGACUCGUGCUUUUGCAAUCGAUCUUUCUUUUCAUGCCAAAUGUCGGUAUAUAUAACAAUAACGAUUGUAAGACAUUGGUAAUGCGUAGUUUUUGUACGAAAUUGACGGAUACGUAAUUAUUUUUUGAAAAAACGAAUCGGUAAUUUCUGCAAACUAUUUUCAUUCGCGCGUCUAAACAUUAAAAGCAGAUUUUUCUCGCCGAAAUGAGCGGAAGAACAAGGUGAGGGGCGAAAAAUAUUCGAGAGCUUUGAGUAUUUAGAUCUAAGAUUAAAAAAGCGAUAAAAGUUCCGAGUAGCAAAGGAAAGAGAUCGAGUGAUGGCGUGAGGUCAAUGCUGUUUCGAAUUUGAGUAAGACGAAUGGUAGACAAGUAUAUCGGGACGUUAACAAUAUAUACUUUACUCGCGCGUUACGAGCUAUACUGUGUAAAAGUGAGAACUGCCGGUGAUAUAACCAGAACAAUCAAGAAAGUGUUGCGUGAAUAACGUCGAACACUUCUCAUCCCGAGCCUGCGUAUGCGAAGGUUACGAAUUAUAAAGAAAAUAAGUUUAUGUUUUUAGAAGAGAAACGAGGCAUCUUUCGGCAAACCAGCAUGUAACGAACACUCAUCGCGUGUUCAUUCGCGCAGGCGUCUAACGAAGUACUUGUAAAGCGAUGAUAACGAGCGCGUACAUAGCUUUCGUUCACUAAUGCAGCUCUCGAGCGUUAUCCAGCGCACGACGUUCAUAUUCCAGUACAGAGAAUCCAUCAGCAAUUCCAGUAUUUCCAAUAGACCAAAAACUUUGAUUACCUCGGAGCGCAACUCUUACAUCUUCUCAAAAAUUCACGAAUCCAUCUCGACAACUUUUUUCCUUAUUCCGGGCGAUUGCAGGGUGAAAAGGCGAGAGCGCAGCGGAGAUCUUUUUCCAAUUUCUCUCAGCGUCACUCCGCAGAUAUUCAAUUUCCGACUUCCGAGAGUUGGCUGCGCAGCGGCGAGCGCCCACGAAUUAACGUGGCUCGUUGCGCAGCCGUAACACAUAUCAGCGCGAGGACACGUUUCAGCAGAGUCAAGUGCCGCGGAAAACUCGCUGGAUGGGGCAUCGAGAGCUGCCCGACUUGUAUGUACUGUACGUAGAGAAAUCAUAGAAUUAGAGAGUCGAGCCUACUGUGAUCGCCUCCUCGUCGUUUCGAUCGUCGAUUUUACGUUUUUCUAUAUACAACCGAGUCAUGUUGAUUCGCGACCGAGGCUGAGGGACGAUGAGUCAUGGUCUUCGGUAGCGAAACUGUUGUAGUAUUGCGCAUAUUGUACUGUUGAAGAUUAUUUUGUAAGAAGCUGAGAGCUGCGUGCGAGAGGAAAUGAAAAUGCAUUGACAUCGGCGACGUAGAGGCUCGAAACGGGCGUUAAACUAUGCUAUAAGGCGAUGAGCGAAUGCGACAACAAAUACACGAGUGUAAAAUUAUGAGAGCGAAUGCGUACUGUGAAUAAAUGAGUGUAAAUAGAGAAAAAACCCUGUAUAAAGUCUUAGAUUUACGUGCGAUCCGUGAUAGUACCGUAGGCAAAAUUCACGAAUUAUCCGCUGCUCCUGUUCGAUUUUGUUCUCCCCUAUCCGAUUUUCCGUGUCCCGUCCUCGCCGAAUUGUGUGCACACAGUUGACGAUUCGACGAACAAAUAGAAGAAGAAAAAAAUUAAAUAUAAAGUCGCGCGUAUAGCCAACGGAGCAACUCGUUGCUAAAAAAAUAGAUACAUUCUUUCUAGCUCUAUUGUUCACAUAUAUGUAUCAUGUAUAUGUACGUGCCGGCCCUUUCUAUCCUUCCGGAAACAGGUCCUAGAUUUGUACAGACCUAGUUUGCGCAGAAAAUAACAGGAAAAAAAGUGAGAGGAAUAAAGAAAAAUUAACUAUAAAGCGUGCGGCGACGAAUGCGGACUUAAGAAAUGCUACACUAUCGUCUACACUGUAAGAAAUUGUAUUAUAUUUUAUAUAUAUAAAUAUGUAAAUGUUUUUCUAUAA